UCGAUACCGGAAGUAAUAGAGGUUUUUCUUUCGCAAUUAGUCGGAAAAAAUAUUGUCCUACUAUACAGAAUGGGGAAUAAACAGAUUAUUUAGUAUAUUUAAACAGAGCAAUACCAUAUCGAAUCAUGGUAGUGGGUGACAGCACAGAAGUUGUCCCUGUCGAGCAGGCCACCAUGGCGGAUGAGCGGAAGGUGUUGUGUAUUGUUCGAGACAUGGUGGACACGAACGCUGGUGCCAUUAAGCACACCAUGAACCUUCAGGCCAGCAUGUCAGUCAGGUGCCUUAUCAACGAGGUGUGCAAACAGUUUGGCUACAUGCUCAACACCAUAUCUCUUCACUAUGAAAAACAGGAAGGAACUGAGGUGGAGGAGCUUAAGCUUGAACAGUACAAAAACUGCUUCUUGGAUGACAUCUUUGGCACCAGCCAGCGUCGCCACAACCUGACAAUAGCAGAGUUGGAUGAUAUCAAGCCUCAGAAGAUGCCUCCACCACCACCACCAGUCCCUCACAUUGGGGCACAGGCCUCUACAUCUGACUGGGACAGUGAUGGCACCGCCAGCUUGGACAAGACGACAUACUUCACUAACAAUACAACUGUUGAGUCUCGACCUUCUUGCAACAAUGUGGCGUCUACUUCCUCCUAUACAUCCUCCGACUUCACAUACGCUUCUGUGCUGACAAAGUCUGAGACAGGCUAUGUAGGACUGGUGAAUCAGGCAAUGACGUGUUACCUGAACAGCCUCCUUCAGACUCUGUACAUGACCCCUGAGUUUCGUAAUGCCAUCUACAGGUUCCACUUUGACAGCGACGCUGGCCAGAAAAGCAUCCCCUACCAGCUGCAGAGGCUGUUUCUUCUGCUACAGACCAGCAAAAAGAGGGCUGUGGAAACUACAGACUUGACAAAAAGUUUUGGAUGGGACAGUUCGGAAGUGUGGCAGCAGCAUGACGUCCAGGAGCUGUGUCGGGUGAUGUUUGACGCACUGGAGGUGUCAUGGCGCAGCACACACCAAGAGAAGCUCAUCAACCACCUCUACCAGGGACACAUGAAGGAUUAUGUCAAGUGUCUAGAGUGCGGCAAUGAGAGUGCGCGAAAGGACACAUUCCUGGAUAUCCCUCUCGUCAUCCGGCCGUUCGGAUCCACUGUCACAUACAAAAGCAUUAGUGAGUCCCUGGAUGCGUUUGUACAGCCGGAGACACUAGAGGGUCGGGACCAGUACUUCUGUGAAAAGUGUGACAAAAAGUGUGACGCUCAUAAGGGCUUGAAGUUCAUCAGUUUUCCUUAUUUGUUAACUCUGCAAAUGAAGCGAUUUGACUUUGACUAUUCAACAAUGCACAGAAUAAAAUUAAAUGACAGAAUGUCAUUUCCUGAGAUUCUGAACCUAAACUAUCUGAUAGAUGAAUUGAACACCCAGCAGAAUGUGUCUGUAUCUGGGGACAAGGACUGUUCACAUAUACAGACAGAUACAGUCCACUUGCAGCAGAAUAAUGAUGACGCCAUAGACGAGGGUAUAGAGAUUGAACCUUCAGGCUCGGGUACAGAGGAGACAAGUUCUGGUGACGAACUCCUCAAUGACGAGGAUGUAAAGCACAGCAAUGUCAAGGGUCCGUACAUCUACGAGCUUUUCUCCAUCAUGAUCCACUCUGGCAGUGCAGCAGGUGGCCACUACUAUGCCUAUAUCAAGUGUCUAACUGAUGGUCAGUGGUAUAGCUUUAACGACCAGCAUGUAUCACAGAUAACUUACGACGAUAUUAGAAAAACCUAUGGCGGCAGUACUACCAACAGGGGGUAUUAUUCAUCGUCCUACACCAGUUCUGCUAAUGCCUACAUGCUGAUGUACCGACAAAAAGAUGCAAAAAGAAAUGCAGAAUUCUUGAGUGGUGAAGAUUUUCCGGAUCAUGUAAAAGAGGAGCUACGACGACUCAAUGACAAGGCGGAGGCCGACCGUCUACAGAAAGAGCUCGACAAGUCAACAUGCAAGAUCAAGUUGUACUGCAUGCACCCAAAGCAGAAGCGCAAGCUGGACCAGCGACUGGAGAUACACAAGGAGAAGACCCUCACCGAGGCCACGGACAUGGCUUACAAGAUGUUUGAGCUGGAAGGGACAGUUCCUCGUGAUUGUGUACGGUUGGUGAAGUACGAUGAUUACCAGGACUCCCUGGAGUGCUCCUUCGAGGGGGAGGAGGAGACAAAGAUGGAACAGCUACUCGGGGGAGUAAAACAGAGCUACAGCUUCGAUCUGCUCCUUGAGACACGCCUCCCAGAACAGACCUUCCAGGAGUACAAGCCUGGAGGAGUGACAGUGAAGGUGUAUGUAGCCGACAUAGAGAAUGAUGUGAUCAUUGAGCCCCCUGUCAGUGUGAGGGCUUACCUCGUGCAGACCGUUGAUGAAUGCAAGAACCUAAUCAGACAGGUUCUUGGUUUUGAGGAUGAUGGUAUGCGUUGUGUACUGGAGAGAUUUCACAAUGACCUCAAACUGCUCACUGUGCCCCAGAAGACACUCAAGAGUGAGGGGUUCUUCAAAACUAACAAGGUGUACAUCGACAAGGCGAGUGCCGGUGAUGAUCGAAAGGUUAGCUUUGAAAACAGUCGGUUCUACGAGCUGUUAGAUCGCUACCAGAACACCAUCAACAUACAGGUUAACCUGCCAACCACAGCUGAGGUGUCUGAGUACCAACGUAACAACUACGCUUGCAGUAGCUCUCCCCUUGGUCAAGACUCUGCAGUGGAAAGUGGAGUAAACAGUGCAGAAAACAGUGUAGACAAUGGUUCAGAAUCGUGCAAUCAGAGACUUCGCGGCGCUGGGGAGUUCAGCAGUGCAGAUCUCGAUAUAGAAUUAAAGACUCUUAAUUUACAGUCAAAUCUAAGUCAAAGUGAUCCAAAUAUCUAUCAGAAUAGUAGACAAUCAGCAAGUGUCUCAAAGGAUGAAAUCCUUCAGAGUCUGCAGAAGAGAGGCUCUCGGUCAUCUCUCGAUUGCCAAGAUUCCCGGUCGGGGAGCCAAUCCACCCAAUCAACAAGUACUAGUGCCGAAUUCAGCCUGGGAAAUGUUAACUCUUACUGUGAUCAAACACUGGAGUCUCCAGAAAAUAUUAAUGACAAUGACAUUAUUGAUGCGGACCUCAGCGGCCAUCCGCCAUAUGAUUUCAAUAAAGGAAGUGAUUUGUUAAACAAGAGUCUACCAUACGACGUGGGGGGAGGGGAUCCAGUGGAGCACAGUGUGAAAGAAUCAGAAACUUUACCCUCAGCAAACCUGCCAAAAACAAUGAACUCCCCAGUAGAGGAGCUCGAGUCUCCUUUAAAGACAAACUCUGGCUCUGAUAAUUUUGACGAGCCAUGUUCGAACGUGUUGAGUGGUAACACUGUGUAUUUUGACUCUCUCAGUGAUUCAAGUUUGACAGUAGAACGGGAACCAGUACGCAGGUUUUUCAGGGCGGAGUGGUCGAGGGUUGAGGAAGACACAGCUGCAAGGACGCUAUCAGUGAUGGUGGAUAAGAGAAUCACUCUUGGUGCAUUUAAGGAGGAAUUGGAGCAGUAUGUCAAUGUGCCUGCCAACAACUUUAAGGUGUACAGGGUUUAUUCUAACAACCAGGAGUUUGAGAGCAUCCGGCUUGGGGAGACUCUGUCAUUCCUUGAGGAUGGAAAGAUAAAUAUUAAACUGGGCAGAGCACUGAAGAAUGGAGAAUACAGGGUGAAAGUUUACCAGCUGCUGGUCAAUGAAACUGAGCCAUGUAAGUUCUUGUUGGACACCAUAUUUGCUCGUGGUAUGACCGUCCUGGAGUCCAAGAACCUCAUUCUACCCGAGUUGAAAGCCCAGCACAACAUGGACAUACCCAUUGAAAGGUGUCGUUUACGCAAGAAGACUUGGAAGAACCCAGGCAGCAUCUACACAGACAGACAGGUGUACGAGGAUGAGAUCCCCAUCUACCCAAACUGGGAGGUCUUCAUGGAGAUACUAGAUUGUGAGGAGACGUUAGUGUCUGCAUCCCAGCUUGCUGUGUACACGCGAAGAUGGUUCCCAGCAAAGUAUGAGCUAGGCCCAUUUGAGGAGGUGGUCAUUUCUGAACACACUGUUGAACAGCUGAAAACCAAGAUAUCAGAAUUAAGUGGAAUCAACACGGAAGACAUCGAGAUUGCAAAGGGUCGAGGUACUUUCCCAUACGAGGUGUCGCUGCUGGAGAUCCACACAGACCUGGACUGGAACGCACCAGUGACGUCACUUGGCAUGUGGCCCCUGUCCAUCUGUGACGAUGGCAGCCUCGUGUACUACCGCGACAGCAAGGAGAAACUCUCCGAUCUCUCUGAGGAGCAGAGGAAGGAAAUAGAGGCAAAGGAAAAUGUCAGAAUAUCACGUUCCACCCAGAAGGUGUCUUACUCACCAAGGAAGGAGAGAGCCUUGAAAAUCUACACUGAGGAAGUGACCCAAGUAAGCUCGGCCAUCGAGAAGAAGCCCACCUUGGUUACCACGGCAACUCCCGACCUUGACUGACAAAUGUCUCAUGACUAGAUGAAUGUCACUUAAAUAGUUAAUACCAUACUCGUACUGACAGUCAUGACUGAGAAUGAGAACUUUCUAGUUUGCUAUGUACUUGGUCCCUGGUGCUGUACUGUUAACAGUGUAAGACAGACAGUGUUGGACAGAUUAAGCACUGAUCGAGGGACUGGUUGGUAUAAAUGAAUCCAUAUCAGGAGAAAUUAUGUAUAUGUUUCAAUGUGUGCGUCUGUUGCUUGUGUGGCCCAUUUCUGCUUUAUUGCUGUUUUGUGUGUAACAUUUUGAGUGUAUAUGAUUUCAAUCUGUAUUGUUCUGGUGUCUAAUUAGCAGGCUCUUGUUUAAAGCGGCUUAUUAAACAAUAUAACAAUCGAGUCGAAUA